AUGGAUCACGAUAAUAUUGAUUCCAAUUCAAAUUAUAUUAUUUCUCAAUUAAAUGAAUAUAUGCUGCGAUUAAGUAACACACCCACAGCAACUAAUAUAAUCGAAAAACCAAAUUCAAAUGAUCCUACUGAAUGGGGAAUGUAUAUUGAAUAUGUAAAAGAAUCUACCGAGGAAAAGAUAAGAACUUCUGAAUAUGAACGUGUUGAAAGCUUAAUAGAACAUACAUAUAGAAUUAUACAAGAUUCCGAUAACAUCAUAUUCACAAAUGACAAGACUAAAAAGAAAUGGAUCAAAGAUCAGCUCAGUUGUUCGAUCUCUAAUGACUACGCUAACUCAACUAAAAAUCGCUACAAACAA